GUCCACUGCAACACACAUACAAGACAUGCGGUAGCAGCAUCUAUGCCGCUCUACGAGCUGCUCAUGCUCGCCAAGCCGUCUCUGCCUCGCGCAGAGAUGGUGGCCUUGAUCAAGGGUCUGGGCGACCUGGUCUACCGCAAUGGCGGCUUCGUGACCUCGCUAAAGAGCUUUGGCGACCAGCAUCUAGCCUACGACCUGCGACGCCCCUUUGAGAAGUAUGACCGCGCGCACAUCUGGCAAAUGGACUUCGUGUCCAGCGUCGACGCCAUCAAACCCCUCGACCACGGCCUGCAUGUCAACAACACCGUUCUACGAUGGGUGCUUGUUAAGCGGCCGAUGAGCGACAAGUCGGCGGCGGCGCCGGCAGCCGCCACACAAGCUGUUGAAGCCAUCGCCCAGCCCCAGCGGUGACCCGGCCCCUCCCUCCACUGCGCCGGCAGCUAUUAUACUCAAUCGUGUGUGGACCUUCUUCACACCAGCAACAUAUACCCACCUACCUACUUCAUGAGCUCCGUGCUGGCGACCCCUCUGACUGAUGCCUGGCGUUGCUCCAAGCUUCAGUUUCGAGGUGCAGCGGCAACUGGAGGUCCUUCCAUUUUUGGCACUAUGUGCUCGAUGACUUCAUGGUGUAUGACUACAGCCGGCCAUUGCCGCAUCUGUACCUGAGCAUUGCGCGUCUGCGUGUUGUAUUACUAAGCUGUGUAUCUGUGUAUCCGGCAUGCGCAUAGAGUAGGAACAGUGGCGCAGAUGCAUGUCUGUUCCCGCUAGAAUUCAAACGACCAUUGAUUGAGGUUGAUCUAGGAUGACGCGUCGCGUCUAGCGGCUGGGAUGAUGGAGGAGGAUGAUUGUGAGGACUUGCGGGUCGUUACAGGCAGUAGUGAUGUGGAGGCGGCGCUAAGUGGUGGGUACGAUAUGAUGGCAACUUCAGCCAACGCAUGCGAUAAGGCUGGCUCUGUAAAUACAGAUGCGCGUC